UUCCGGUUUAGUGCCUUGGCGCUCUCUCGGAGAUUGCAGACACCUCCACUUCCACCGCCAACUGCAAAGAAAAGUAGGGGCGGCUGGUCUCUGCCCGAAGCCUUAGGUUCCCGCCCGCACCGGGCGGGGCCUCCUCCUACUCCCACCGCGGCCCCUCCCACCGCGGCCGCCCCGCCCCGCCCCCUGCCGGGUCUUGGGAAGCGGCUCCAGAUUGCCGAGGUAGGAGGCAUGGAGGGCUUCGUCGGCGAGGUGGGCGGCCUGGGGCGCGCCUUGUGCGUGCUGACCGGGGCUUCCCGCGGCUUCGGACGGACGCUGGCCCAGCUCCUGGCCCCGCUGCUGUCGCCCGGCUCCGUGCUGGUCCUAAGCGCCCGCAGUGACGAGGCGCUGCGGCAGCUGGAGGCCGAGCUGGGCGCCGAGCGGCCCGGCCUGCGCCUCGUGCGGGUGACCGCCGACCUGAGCACCGAGGCCGGCUUGCAGCAGCUGCUCGGUGCCCUGCGCGAGCUCCCCAGGCCCGAAGGCCUGCAGCGAGUGCUGCUUAUCAACAAUGCCGGCAGUCUUGGAGAUGUGUCCAAACGCUUCGUAGACCUGGCUGACCCAGCUGAAGUGAACAACUACUGGGCUCUGAACUUGACCUCCAUGCUCUGCCUGACUUCCAGCAUCCUGAAGGCCUUCCCGGACAGUCCUGGCCUCCGUAGGACUGUGGUGAAUAUCUCGUCCCUCUGUGCUCUGCAGCCCUUCAAGGGCUGGGCACAGUACUGUGCGGGGAAGGCUGCCCGUAACAUGAUGUUCCAGGUUCUGGCCGCAGAGGAACCUAGUGUGAGGGUGCUGAGCUAUGCCCCAGGUCCCCUGGACACAGACAUGCAACAGUUAGCCCGGGAGACCUCUGUGGACCCAGACGUGCGAAAAAGGCUGCAGGAGCUGAAGACAAAAGGGGAACUUGUGGAUUGCAGGAUAUCAGCCCAGAAACUUCUGAAUUUGCUGCAAAAGGACAAGUUCAAGUCUGGAGCCCAUGUCGAUUUCUACGAUGAAUAAGCCCAUGUCCUUGGUUCUUAGGGCUUUCUUCCCCCUCUCAGGCAUGCCCAGGAGUCCUGUGCCUCCCCACAUCCUGCCACAGUGGCACUGCCAACCCUGCCUUACGCAGAUAAGCACUCAUGCUUACUGUCCUGCCCUCGGAUCCAGCCAGCUGGGAGGGCACCAGGUGGCUGGAGUUCCCAGUUCUCAGGAGUCUGUAUCGACCACCUUGAGUUAGGAGUAGGCUUAGGAGAGACAAGUUAUGGCUGUUGGUGUUCUCUCUCCCCAGGAAUAGAAUUUUAAGGAUGGGGAAAACAGGACAAGAAGCUAAAACACUGAAAAAAGGAGGAUGGGUCUCCUGCCCAUGGCAGGAGGGAAGAGUCCAUGGGGAAGAGGGGAUGAGCUAGGGCCAAAUAGGAGGGCCUAUGUAGAUUCACGGAUGGCCUGCAGGGAAGGGAGGACAACGCAAGUCUCAGCCCACAGGGAAGCUCCUUGCUCAGGGUAGCAGGACCUUCAGGUGAGCUCUGUGUCCUAAUUCUGAUGCUUCCUCCCUCCAGAACCUACCAUGUAUCCACCAGAUGGGGGAAAGGGCCCCGAGAGUUUAUGUACAUGUUAAAGGCAGAUACAAAUAAAAUGUGGAUUGUCCUUUA